AUGCAUUUUUUGUCGACGCAGGUGGCAGCUCUGGUGAAUCUGGGGUUGCUUCUUGGCGCAUAUGGGAUUCCUGCUCCGGAUCAUGCGGUCCAACAAUUGAUGCGAGUGCCUCCCAGUAACUACCAGGAAUUGUUCGGUAGCCCACCCUUCAGGCCUGAUCACCGUGAUCCGUAUGAUCACAAGGUAGACUCGGUCGGAGAGGGUCGACAUCCCCUGCCCUUUAGGAAUGGCGACGGCGCGACUAUUGAAGGCCCAAGAAAUCGCGAUCGCGAGCGCCAGAAUCCCGAUCUGAUCCGCCCACCUAGCACAGAUCAUGGCAGUAUGUCAAACAUGCGCUGGAGCUUUGCUGACUCGCAUGUGCGCAUUGAGGAGGGUGGAUGGACGCGACAGACCACGACCCGUGAGCUGCCCACGAGUCGCGAAUUGGCAGGUGUCAAUAUGCGCCUGGAUGAAGGCGUUAUUCGUGAGCUGCACUGGCACACGGAAGCCGAAUGGGCAUACGUGCUCGCAGGCCGCGUGCGGGUAACGGCCCUGGACCCUGACGGAGGUAGUUUUAUGGAUGACCUCGAGGUUGGUGAUUUGUGGUACUUCCCAGCUGGCCAUCCGCAUUCACUGCAAGGAUUGAGCCCCAAUGGCACGGAAUUUCUCUUGAUCUUCGAUAACGGCCAUUUCUCCGAGGAGUCGACUUUCCUUCUUACGGAUUGGAUGGCUCAUACAUCCAAGGCUGUCCUGGCAGAAAACUUCCGUUUGAAGCCGGAUGCUUUUAAAUCUAUUCCUCAAUCUGAGAAAUACAUUUUCCGGGGUUCGCUUCCAGGGCCCAUCGAACGCGAAAAACCAAGCGGAUUUCGCAAGUCUAAGCUGAACUUUUCACAUCAUAUGCAUGCCCAGGACCCCAUCCGCACAACGGGCGGACGCGUCCGAAUCACGGACUCUACCAAUUUUCCUCUCUCCUCAACCGUGGCCGCUGCCCACUUGGAAAUCGAGCCUGGCGCUCUGCGCGAAAUGCACUGGCACCCCAACGCUGAUGAAUGGACCUACUUCAUCAAGGGACGCGCUCGAGUCACGGUUUUUGCAGCUGAAGGCAAUGCUCGCACCUUUGAUUAUAUGGCUGGAGACGUCGGCAUCGUUCCUCGGAAUAUGGGACAUUUUAUUGAAAAUCUGAGUGAUAAUGAACCAUUGCAGGUUCUUGAAAUAUUCCGCGCAGACAAGUUCCAAGACUUUUCGCUGUUCCAGUGGCUUGGAGAGACCCCUCAACGAAUGGUCGCGGAGCAUAUUUUUGCGAACGACCCCGAAGCCGCAGACGCGUUUUUAAACCAGAUUGAGGGAGCCGAGAAAGACCCCAUAAAGGAUGCACGACCUUGA